CCCCAGCUGCCGUGGCCGCCGCCGCCGCCGCUUCUCCUCCUUCUCCUCGCCGGAGCUGAUGGGGCGCCGGGGCCAGCGGUGAGCGGCGUUGGGGCGCCCGCGGGCGCCGGGGCGCGCAGGAGGGCGCCGGCCACCGUCCCGUCUCGGAGCACUCGGAUGCGGGGAGGCCCGUCCAGCCCGGAGCGAUGGGCGAGUGGACCAUUUUGGAACGGCUGCUGGAGGCUGCGGUGCAGCAGCAUUCCACCAUGAUCGGGAGGAUCCUGCUGACGGUGGUGGUGAUCUUCCGCAUCCUGAUCGUGGCCAUCGUGGGGGAGACGGUCUACGAGGACGAGCAGACGAUGUUCAUGUGCAACACGCUGCAGCCGGGCUGCAACCAGGCCUGCUAUGACAAGGCCUUCCCCAUCUCCCACAUCCGCUACUGGGUCUUCCAGAUCAUCCUGGUCUGCACCCCCAGCCUCUGCUUCAUCACCUACUCCGUCCACCAGUCCGCCAAGCAGCGCGACCGACGCUACUCCUUCCUCUACCCGCUGCUGGAGAAGGACUGCGCCCGCGACGGCCGGAAGGUGAAGAACGUCAACGGCAUCUUGGUCCAGAACCCGGACGGCUCGGCCAAGGAGGAGCCCGAUUGCCUGGAAGUGAAGGAGAUCCCCAGCACCCCCAUGCGGCCCCCCAAGAGCUCCAAGGUCAAGCGCCAAGAGGGCAUCUCCCGCUUCUACAUCAUCCAGGUGGUUUUCCGCAAUGCCUUGGAGAUCGGCUUCCUGGCGGGCCAGUACUUCCUCUACGGAUUCAACGUCCCCGCCAUCUUCGAGUGCGACCGCUACCCAUGCGUCAAAGAAGUGGAGUGCUAUGUCUCCCGCCCCACUGAGAAGACGGUGUUCUUGGUCUUCAUGUUUGCCGUCAGCGGCAUCUGCGUCCUCCUCAACCUGGCCGAACUCAACCACCUGGGCUGGCGCAAGAUCAAGACCGCCAUCCGCGGCGUGCAGGCCAGGCGGAAAUCCAUCUGCGAGGUGCGCAAGAAGGACAUCUCCUCGCUGGCCCAAGUGCCUACGCUCGGACGGACGCAGUCGAGUGAGUCUGCCUACGUCUGAGCUGGUUCCGAUCCCGCGGCGGUGGGGAAAAGGGCGCUCAGUGGAUCGGAAGUCGCCAACGCAAAAAAA